AUGGAGAUCGAGAAUCGCGUCGAAUUACCAGACGGACAUCUUGUGAACCUUUCACCACGACCCCCACAUCAACCUCAAUACAAAGCCUAUCGAGUCGAUUACGCAUCUACUGAGCUCUUACCUGCCAAAAAAUCUCAAACCACCCAUCGAGCCUAUCGUUCAGAACUUGUGGAGUGUCGCAGCCCGGUCGACACCAUGUAUCAAAAGGGAAAAGCAACCAAACUUCCGGUUCCAAAAAUCCUUCUCGAACGGGACAGAGACCAACGGAACCAGACGCCUAGUCUUACCGCGAUAGCCAAACCAUCGCCCACUGCCUUGUCUUCGGGAGGAUCUGGUGCCCAGUCGGGCGAGCGGGAUCGUGACCGGGACCGCUAUUGGAGCAAGUUGCGCGACAAGUUUGAGAAAGAAUCGUGUCCGCUAUCUCAACGGGUAUCCUAUCACCGAACAAGGGAGAGCGACAAGAAAAAUUCUCCAACCCAAGCAAAAAACUGCCAGGAAAGCAGAUAUGCUGCGGUCCACGAAGAAGCUACCAGUCGUGUGCCCCAGCCUCGAAGGAUAGUACCAAUCACUACCACCAACGUCAAAAGUAGUUCCUACAAUGCUCUGGAUGAACUUUGCCACCCCGACAGCCAUAAGCCAUGGCAAAUUCAGGAGGGACACUGGUCCCCUGUUGACAGACACGAGACCACUGCUCAGAAGUCGGGGAUGACGGACACUACCACUGGGUCGAGUCCUCGGUCUCGCCCUUCUAUAUCGCCUGUUUCUGAUGACAGCUCUAUAACCGAUUGCGACUGGGAAGACCGAUUUGUCGUGCACAUGCCUUCAGCCAAAGAUCCGAACCCUCCUAUGAUGACUUCGCAGCAAAUCGCGGAGUAUCAGAAGAGCAUCGAAAAGGUGCGCCGAGAUGGUGGACACAUGGUAGACCCUAACACCCGGCCUAGUCCACGGAAAGACUCGCCCGAAGGAAAGCCUCACCCUGUCCUUCCAAGGGACAGAAAAUCUGGCGGUUCGGGUCAAUUCAAAGCCUAUGACGGACGACCCAUGAAACUACAGCCAGAAGCUGAUCGACAGCCUGCACCUGCUCCUGCUCCUACACCUGCUCCUGCUUCUGCCCCUGCUUCUGCUUCUGCUCCUGCUCCUGCUCCUGCUCCUGCACCAGUACAAGAGCCGUCACCUCCGUCACUAGGACCCCAGGGGAAAAAGAACUAUUACAGUCCAGACGAGGUUGGCAAGAACCGCAUCAGCACCAUCUGGGAGGAACAAUCUCCAACCAGAUCCAAAGAGAAGCGAUCUUCAACAAGAACAGACGGCUCUUUUUUAGGAUGCAAGGAGAUCAACGGGCCUGGAACCAAGAACCCAGACGAGAUUCUUCUGUUCGCAUCCGGCGAGAACUCGAAGAACUUGCAGCCUCGUCCUCUUGCCGCGAAUGGGAGGAAGAAACAGAAGGAGGAGAAGAAGGCUCCUCGGAAAUCAGAAGAGAGUCGCCAGGCUCCGCGAAAGUCAGGAGAGAGCCUGGUCAAAGAAGAGUUGGCACAAAUUUCUCGGAAUUCGAAGCAAGCCCAAUGCUCGAACUCUUCGUCGGCAACCCUGUGUCAGGAACCCAUCUGCUCACAGAACGAGCUUCCGAGGACCCACUCCAACGGAUCGAGCAAGGAGAACUUCUACCUCGCACCAAGCACGUCAAGUUUGGCGGAGAAGCUAGACGGCGUCUGCGACGACGACGAUGUGUUCAUUAUCACACCCACUAUCACACGUACUAUGCUUCCAAGCCCGAUGCCAGAGAAGCAGGAACGGAAAAGGGAAGAGAAAAAGGCCUCUAUUCCAAAGGCACGGGGGCUUCGACGUCCUGGUGGCACCGGCCAGUCUGGCACCGGCGAAGCCGUCAAAGCCAUUCGAGCCAAAGCUCAGGUCAUUUCCACACCUUCUGGGCUGCGACCAGCAGCAGCAGCCUCGCAGGUAAAGUCAAUCGCGUCCUCUCUGACAUCUUCCAAAACGACACCGCUCAGCAGCAUUCCCACCGCCAAAGACAAAGAAGACUCAAUUGCGACAACUGCGACAACCACGACAACCGCCACAAAAGAAGUCUCUACUACGAAGCAAGAAGUCACAGCGAAGAACUUCCCCAAGUCCAAAGACAAGGAGAAGGACGACCACGCGAAACAAGCGGGAAACUCUAUCCGUGGGUUCAUCCGUACCUCAGGGCUCGCAAGGUCCACCGGGCUCGUCAGGUCACCCACGGAGAGCCUCGCCACGAUACUGCGUAAUGGCACUGAGUCUUUGCGCAACCGCGCUGAAUCGCUACGGAGGGGCAACGGGCCCUCCAUCAGUCGUAACAGUUCUCCUAUUUCUCAGCCCUCAGGUCCAUCAAGAGACAAUUCCGAGUCCUCGCGGUCUGAGAGGUCCUUCAGGUCGGCAAGAGAUAAGGCAACUCCGCCGCCUUCCAGCAAACCCUCCCCUGCGAAAAAGAACCAGUCUCCCGCUUCGAAUCCUUCUGCGGAAAAGCCAUCCCCGGCAGAGAUGGCCUCCCAGGUGGAGAUGGCCUCCCAGGUGGAGAUGGCCUCCCAAUUGGAGAUGGCCUCCCAAGUGGAGAUGUCGCAUCCGGUUGAGAAGCCCGUGGAGGAGUCGCCUCUGUCUGCCGAGAAAAUCGCCCGAGCCGAAAGGCUGGAAAGGUUCAAGGAGCAGGCGCGCCUUCGCCGGGCCACGAGGACCAUUGAAAUCGCAGAGCUGGACGGACAUCAAGUGCCCAGCAACAAAAAAUCACUUCAACCAAACAUUACAGAUGUGUGCGAUGAUCUCGGUGAUUUGAGCUCACAAGACAAGGAUGAGACCUCCAAAGAUGCAGGGAAUGCAAUGGCUCUUUCUAUGAUCUUUGAGAUCGUCUUCGUUGCCGUCACACACAUGCACAAGGGGCUGCUUCAGGUGACCGACAGUCCAUACGCAAAGUUCGUGGUAAGCAAUGUCUUGAACAUGGUGCGUCACUGCUACCGCGUCUUCAGCCGGGUCUAUCGUGCUUUCUCGAAAUACCAAACCACCGGAACGUGGCCCAAGGCCACGAGCGAUCAGGCCGUCAGCCGCUUCCUGACGGAGCUCCUCCAGGCCAUUAUGUAUCUGUUCAUACUCGGAUUCGGUUUUACGAUGGUUGGCCGGGCUGCUUCUUAUAUUGUGCUUGUUGGAAGCUGGAUCGUGUGGUUUGCUCGUCCAUUUGCAUGGGCUUUCCAAUGUGUCGGUCGUGCCCUCCUUAAUUGA